AUGGUACAAAAUAAGGCUCUUGUUUUAUCCCAGGUCGCAGAAGGCGUUCCAGUCGCUGGACAACACCUCGUGAUCCGACAGAGUGACUUCAACCUCUCUUCUUCACCACCCGAGGGCGGCUUCACCGGCCGUGUUCUUCAUGCCUCGUUUGAUCCAUAUCUACGACACCGUUUGGUUAAGCUUGAGGACGCAAGAGAUGGAUUUGAGCCUCUCCCCGUCGGGAGCGUCAUACCUAACGGCAUUAUCGUCCGUAUCUUGCGCUCGGAUAACCAGCGAUUCCAUGCCAACGAUGUUGUAGUCGGGAUGGGUUCAAUUCAGGAAUAUGUGUCGCUGGGACCAGAUGACGCUAAUCAAUUCGUUCCAAUUCAGAAUCCUCAUGAUUUAGAUUUGAAGUUCUUUCUUGGCCCGUUAGGAAUGCCUGGUUUGACGGCUUACUCAGCUCUCUACGAGAUUGGACAACCUAAAAAGGGAGAAACCAUCUUCAUCUCUGCCGCUAGCGGCGCGGUUGGCCAGAUAGUUGGACAAUUGGCACUCCACGAGGGGCUCACUGUCAUCGGCAGCGUCGGAAGCGAUGAAAAGCUUCGUUUGUUGACCGAUAUCUUCAAGUUUCAUGGAGGGUUCAACUACCGACAUGGGGACAUUCUGUCACAACUCAAACGACUGGCACCAAAUGGCGUGGACAUCUAUUACGACAACGUCGGCGGCGAGCAGUUAGAGGCUGCUAUCUCAUGCUUGAAAGACUGGGGUAGGAUCGUCGCCUGUGGCUACGCUUCGCAAUACAGCACUCCUCCGAGUAAGCAGUACGGAAUUCGCAACACCAGCAUGAUUGUCGGUAAGAGACUGAUGUGGCGGGGAUUAAGUGUCUUUGACGAGCACAUGGGUGGUGCCUACCGGGCCAAGCAUCAAGAAGUGGUCAGUCAGUGGAUUGCAGAGGGCAGCUUUAAACCGGUCCUAAGUGAGACCAACGGUAUCGACCAGGCUGCCCAGGGUCUUGUGGAGCUCUUUGAGGGUAACAAUGUUGGAAAGGCUCUUUUGAAUUUGUAA